CUAGUCUGGUAAACCACAAAUAAUACAACAGUCUUCACAUAUGCAAAAUGAACCUGGAAGAGGAAAAAAUCCUUAAAGAAGUGAAAACUAUUCAAUCAAACCAAUAUUUGGUUAAAUAAAAGAUUAUUAUAUAGCAAAUUAAGAACUUAUCGUUUGGUUGUAAAAUAUGUCUACAUCAAAAUAAAAUCUGGAUGCUAUAACAAAUUAAAGAAAGCAAGAUGACAAAAGCUACAUCUUGCUGUUAUAAGAAGUUUGGACUGGAAGCAGGCUUCAGUCUCGUAAUAGUAAUGGUAAGAAUGGAUUUAAUCCUAACCCUCUGAUUACAUUUGCUUGUGAAAGUAUGGCUUGGCCAAGGUGCAUUCCAGUAGUAAUGUGUUCUGCUAGGUCAAAAAAGUUUUGCCAAGAGCCUGGCAAAAACAACUGAUUAUGAGGCAGUACCACCAGCAUUACAGCAAGCUAUGGCACUAAUAUUUUGGACCUUCAGAUUUAUCAGUCGGCAAAAAAUUAAAAUUGCCAUUAAAAUUAAAGCACGAUAAUUUUUCUACAAGUGCAACUAAUCAGCAAUAAAUUUGGGGCUGGGGGCGAUUCAUGUUUUCACCAUAAUAUAUCCCUGAAACUCACAGAAUUGUUCAACCCUCUUGCAUGCAAAAUAACAUUAAACAGCAUGGGUGAUUAAUAUAGUAUCUAGAAGAGAUUGAUCUAGUACUCCAUUUACAACAACUCCAACUCACUAGAGUGAAAAUUAUAUUUCUAGUUUUUAAAUGUUUAGCCUGAUAGCUGACAAAGAAAAGACACAAGUUAUUUCAUUUGUGGAAUUUGAUCCAAUUUAUCUCACAUAAAAAAAGUCUUAUACUACUUUAUACCUUCUAUAAAUUAAAAAAGUUUUUCUUUGAUUUAAGACAUACAUGAUCACCAGAGUCCAUAAAAAAGGGAUUCUGUUUUAAAUAACAGAGCUGGUAGUCCUCCUGAUCUCAUAACUUCUGCUUGAACAGCACAUGAAGCUUGCAAUCAGGAAGGUCUUCAUACAAUUACAUCUGGUGUAGAGUGUCAAUAAUUUUGACCAAUUGUAGAGAGCAAGUCAAUGACCAGAAUUACUUAUGCUCGUCAUCCUGUGGCUGGACUUCUGAACUACGUGGGCCUGCCCUUGAAGACCAUACAGAAGCUUCAACAUAGUGAUCCAGCAUACCCAGAUUUGUCCAUGUGACACUACAUUACUAUUAUGGCUGCCAGUAUACUUCCAGGUGUGAUUCAUGUGCUGAUUGUCACAUAAACUUACAUGUCUCAGAACCCUGCUACCUUUGCUCUAGGCUGAAUUUGCUCGUCCAGUAAUAGCUGGGUUGAAUCUGCCUGUUUAAUUAGAAUGGAGAAAGAAGGCCAGUUAGGGUUCCUUCUCUCAGGGAAUACCACCUUUGAGACCCUGUGAUGAAACCUUUUCAGUGAUGGUCCCUCUUCUGUGGAAUAACUUUUCCCUGGGUAUCUUGAUCACUCUUUCCCUGUCAGACUUCUGAAAAUAGCAUUCAAGGACAAUGACGCCCCCCAUGAAGUUACAGGAUAUUUGCUGUUGAAAUUAUUAUAAUUUUGUUUUUAAUGCUGUUGUUGCCUGAUGUAAGCUGCUCAAAGCAACUUGGAACUGAGCUGCAUGCAAGCUGUUGUAAAUAAAUAAAAGAAAUCUGCCAAAAGAAUUGUUCAGAUUUAUGCAGCAUACCUCCCUAAAUGCUGUUGUAUAAACUAUUUGAUUAUCCUUUUCAGCAGCCUUCAUUUUGCAAAAUUCAGCAUUUGCCCUCAUAAGAAUUCUGUUAGAUCAAUAGCUAUUAUUUCCUCCUUUUCUCUUAAAAUGCAAAAUUGAAAGUAAGACUGCAUAACAUUAAACAAGUCAGGACACAUACUUUCAACGAGUUGUAUCUUCUAUCUACAUUGCAACAUUUUAUAUUUUUCAGAACCACAUACCUCAUAUCUCUUUGGUUUUAACUCAGUACCUGGUAGCACUAUUUCUCACGAUCAUCACUAUUGAUCGUGACACAUAUCUAAAUUUAACAUGAGGAUAUGUUAUUAUUGAGCAAGUCUAAAAUGUCAGUUACGUUAUUUAUUUUGAAAUACACCUUUAACGUUAAUUACACUCAGACGCUUAACUGAAAUGCCCAGUCAUCUCAUUAGAACGCAAUAAAAACCAGGUAUACACAAUCCCCAAUUUUGGUUCAUUGAUAAAAGCACAAUUAUGUUUGCUACAAUUACGAUAUAAUAUACUGUAAGCAGCCUACGUUUUGUAAACAUAGGUCACCUAAAUCACAUAACGGGUGCAGAGGAUUAAACAGAUAAUCCGUUAAUGUCACCCAUGCCUUCAUCUCCAUCUCUUUUUGGGGUGUUUUGAAUUAAGAAUGAAGGGACAUGCCUCCUGUUUCUGAAGAAAAAAACCUGAGGUCCCUUGAGUGUGCCUGAUUUACAUUCACAAGACAGGACUGUAAAUAUGAGUGUGACCCGAAUCGUUGUCUGUGUAUGUGUACACAUACACACACAUGCAAUGACCCGGUCACACUCAUAUUUACAGUGCUCUCUUAUACGUAUAUAUGAUAUAUAUAUGAAUGACUCUUGGGUUUUUCUUAGGCCGCGAAACUCCCCGAGGUGCCCAGCCGGUUUCGACAUUCCUGCAGCUCCCGCAAUAAAGCCGGGACCGACCCAGCGCGAGAAUAACUGCCAAGGCGAAGGUCCCACGCCGGCGGAGACAGGGGGUUCACAUCUAGGACCGACCGGGCGAGGAGGAGACGGGAGCCCUCCUCCUCUCCCAACUCUCUUGACAGGCCCGAGCCAGGCGGGCGCCAUGCUAGAAACCAAAAUGGCUGCCCCGGGGAUAGCAGCCCAACCCGAAGAGCACCGAGGGGGACGUGCCGAGUGACGCCCGCCGCGCCGCGCCACGCCUCGCCGGACCCGCCACACGCAGUCUGAGCUGGGUGAUGACUCCAACAGAUAAAGCUGCCAGUAAAUUACACCUGUGCAUUUUACCUUGUGAAGAUAUUUAGACCGAAGCACAAGCCAUGAUCAAAUUUUUCCUGAUGGUGAAUAAACAAGGCCAAACAAGGCUUUCUCGUUAUUAUGAAUACAUGGACCUUCAUAAACGGACAGUUCUCGAAGCUGAAGUAAUCAAGCAGUGCCUUUCUCGUACAAAGGAGCAAUGCUCCUUUCUUGAGUACAAAGAUUUUAAGUUGGUCUAUAGACAAUAUGCUGCUCUUUUCAUAGUUGUUGGAAUCAAUGAAACAGAGAAUGAGAUGGCUGUAUUUGAACUGAUUCAUAAUUUUGUUGAAGUUUUGGACAAGUAUUUCAGCAGAGUGCACACUACUCGGCCAACACCUGAUUUAAAGCUAUAUCAUAUUGAACCAGAAUAUAAAAUAUGUGAAAAUUGUGGUAAGUUGUUAAAGGUCACAAAGAUUUUACACAAAGGAAAGGUGGCAUGAUUAUAAAUAUUGGGAUUUUGAAGCUUUAUCCCUUCUUUUUAACCAACUUUUUAACCAACUGAGCAUUAAUCAUUUUAGGAAUUAACUCCAAACUUGCAUAUAUAAAAAUGUAUAGUACAAAUCAUAAAAAAGCAUUCCAGACACUAAUAGAAAAUCAGCACAUUACUGUAUAAACCUUAGUUAAUGAAGGCUAUUAUCAAUUUGGAAAACUCUUACGCUUUAAAUACACACAUUUGUAGUCUGCCUGUGUGUGAUACCUAUUCUUAUUCCUUUGAAGGAGUGUUUUUUCCAGGCUUGGAGCUAGUUCCCACCUUUAGAAAGUUAUUCCUGUUGGACUUGCCCCUAAAAGGGAUUUAUUUGUCUCCAUCCCUUGAGUUUGAAGAGCAGGAAAGGUUUCUUUUCUACCAUGUCUUUAAUAAUGUCAUGCUGUUCUGAUUUUUAAACUGACCCAGUUGUUUAAAAUCCUUUGUGUGCUGCAUUUUGAGAAACUGCGUAUGUUGUUGUUAUUUCUACUAUCUUUUCAUUAUUUUAAAUCUGAAGGGCCAAAAAAAAGCAAAGUGGACACUUUCUUAAAUGGUAAUAAUAAAAUACCCCAUUUUCCCGAAAAUAAGACAUCCCCUGAUAAUAAGCCCAAUCGUGCUUUUGAGUGCAUGCACUAAAAUAAGCCUCCCCCCUGAAAAUAAGCCCUCUCCAAAAAUAUUUAAACGCAGAGCUGGAAAUCAGGUAAGACAGCAAGAGGAGCCCCAUCUUGCUCCAUGUGCCCCCAAAUAAUAAGACCUCCCCGAAAAUAAGGCCAAGCGCUUAUUUCGGGGAUCAAAAAAUAUAAGACAGGGUCUUAUUUUGGGGAAAACACGGUAAUUAUUUGCAUGAUAACUAGUUUCACAGUUUAAAAUAUUCACUUAAACUAGGGAUAGAAGAAAGAUAAAUCUGAAUGUAGAUAUAAAUCUCCAGGUGAUUUGCAACAUGUUUUGGAAGGUUUCUUAGUCUAUGAUUGCUGUUUUUGCAACAUCAACCAAAUGAUAAACCAUGCCUCUAAAUUUCACCACUGAAAUUAAAGGAACUGGGGUAACAUAAGUGGAAUUUGGAUAGAAAAAUACUAUGCCUUUUUUUUUCAUUGACAGUUUAACUGUUAAAUCUAAGAGUUCUCUCAAGAUUGAAUUCACCUUCAUAGAACCCACACGUACAUCUCCUUCCUGGCAAACUUUGCCAACCUGGAGGGACAUGGAUCUAAUGAGCAGGUGACCAAGCUUACAGUUAUAAGGACCUUGUUCACUUUUAGGUACAGGUUUAAACCUUUCCUAGAUAUUGGGGCAAGAUUGUUCCCCAAGCAUCUUCACAGGAUCCACAUUAAAUUUGGCACCUGUCAGUGUCCCAAGUAGACUAGGCAGGAAUCACAAUAAGAUGAGCUAAUUCUACCUUAUUAUAAGGCUACAUUAAUAGAAUCUUGCAAAUCGGAAAGUACAAAUCUCUUAUCUUUUUAUACUUCGAAUUAAUUAUGGAAGAUCCUUUCUAAAUUUGUUUUUCUGUGUGUUACUCAACUGUAAGCUCCUCCUUCUUUUAUCCUUAAGUGGUAUCUCUUUGUUACCAGGGGAUGAUCUAACCAUGAUAGAGGAACCACAGAGAGCUUCCCCAGAUCACUUUGCCGUUGGUCUUAAAGAAAACCAGAUCAAGUAUGAUCACUAUCCCAUGAUGGGUUCUGGAUGACUUGGGAUAGACCCUUGACUGUCAUAGUGGCUACAAACUCCUGAUCUACCUCAGAUCUCUCCGCAGAAGUUAGAUUGAAAUUUUCCAGAACCAUAAGCCUGGGAAAGUCAAUCUAUAACUAUAGUGCCAACACUUUCUGCAACAGUUUUCCCCCAGAAGAGAAAUUAGGUGAAAGUUGUCUCAUACAGUUAGAUCAAAAAAUGGGUUCUUCAGCAAGGUAUACAUCACCAUUUCUUUCAAGGCAGAGGGCAUUAUCCUCUCCUUUAAAAAGUCAUUAAUCUUCUCCCAAAUCUAAACAAAUGUCCCUCACCAGCCACAGUGAGCCAAGCAGGACAUGAAUCAAGGUCAUAGAUCCUGACCCAGAUUUUUUCUCCUGCUGCUUCUAUCUCUAGAAGUUCAAAGGAACCUACAUUGUCUAAGACAUCUGGAAAGAUUCAGCACAAGUAGCAACUUCCUUGUGAGCAAUUUAUCUGGCAGCCAAGGAGAUCAGUCUAGCAAAUCAAAAAGUUUCUGGGAGGAGACAGAGGUGUUUAAAGCUGGAGUGAAACAAAAUUGCGCAUUUCUUUUGUCAUGUCAUAACCAGCUUGGUGCCUUCUGUCAUUCCUUCCUUGGGUGGGAAAUUGUUUCCUGUUCAGGAAGGUUCCAUUGCCCUUACUGACCUAGUUCCAAAUGGAAUAGCCGACCUAUUAUAACUUAAAGGUGGACGUGUAGCGCUCAGGAAUCAAAAUCCCACUUUCUCAUCAAAUUCCACACAUCUGCAUAUCAACUUGAAGGUGCAAAAUCCCUUAACCCAUUAAUCCUCAUCUGUGAGCCCUGUCUCUUCAAAUAUCAGUUCUUUCGUAUUUCCCACAUUAUUUCUAAAUGUUUGUAGCCAAUUUUCCAAACUGUCAGAAUCUUUCAUUUGUCAUCAGCUUCAAAUUGAGUUCAAUGAAAUUCUCUGUUUUACUGCAUUUCCUCUGGAACUUAUUUCUUGGCAUCUCCACACAGUUGCUACUCUUCUGAAAACUUCUAGUUUUCUCCAUUUUCCUGGCCACUUAUGCUCUAAUAGGAGCCAAGACACAUUCAUGAUUCAUGGCCCUGGCAAACUCAGCUUCCCAUAUGACAGAUCAAACAAUCAAGAAGAUUUCUUUACUGUCCAUCCCAGAAGAUACUUUUCUAGUUUGUUCAGAUCAUCCUGUCUUCUCCUUUGCCUUCAUUCUUUCUCCUUCUUACUGCCACUUGCUAUCUCUUCUGUUGCACCCUAUUCCUUCCCAAACCUGAUUACCUAGUGUUCCAACCUAGUCACUGACAUUCCUGUAGUCUGUAAAUACCAAUAGUAGCAACACAUAAACACUUUAUAACUAAAAAAAACCAAUAGCACAAUACAAAAAUUUCCAGGCAGCACACUCAACAACAGAGUUUACUGCAAACAUUUGAGGUGGGGAGGGAGGGGAGAGGAAGAAAAGACAAGAGCAUACAUAAUAACCGAAUUUCAACAAUUAAAUCAAAACAUUUUUAGUUUUUUGAGUGGUUGAUUUUUAGGUAAGGAAAUUGUUCAACUUCAGAAAACUACACUAUGCCAGCCUGCAGGAUUUUCUAACGGGAAGUUUAUUAGGAAUUAGGCUUUAUCUUUGCAGAUGGAAGCAGUGGUGGGAUUCAAAUAAUUUAACAACCGGUUCUCUGCCCUAAUGAUUUCUUCCAACAACCAGUUCAGCAAACUGCUCAGAAAGUUAACAACCGGUUCUCCCGAAGUGGUGCGAACUGGCUGAAUCCCAUCACUGGAUGGAAGUACUGGCAUGCCCUAAAAGCACAGCAGGAUUGUGCCAGGUUUGUACUUGGUUUGAAAACUACAAGGGGAUUCCAGGGAAAUUUGAUGUAAUGAUUAAAACCCAGUCUAGAAACCAGGAGACAGAGAAUUCAAUUCCUGCCUUAGGCAUGAAACUUGCUGGUGAUCUUGGGUCAGUCACUUUUGUUUAGCGCUAGGAAGAAGUUAUGGGCUAAACACUUCUAAAAAAAAACUUGCCAAGAAAUUUGCAGGGACUUGUCCUGGCAGUCACCAGAAGUCAAGACUGAUUUGAAGGCAUAAAACAGAUUAACCAAAAAGUUGGAAACCAUCUUAGGAAAAGGAAGUAGCAAUUAUGUUUACCUUUAUAAAAAAACUUUCCAAUAUAGCAAAAUGUAAAAUAAGAUACAAAGAGUAAGUCUUUAUAAAUUGCUGGGAUAUAAACCUUUUUCUCCAUAGAAUAGAAUUAAAAGUUCUUUAUUAUAUUAACAUUUGACAAGCUCACAGCUUUGUGCCUGAAAAUAUUGGAAGAAAAUUCUUUAGGAUAAUGCUGGAAAAACUAAUUUAGGAAUGCAAUAUUUAUUCACAAAAAAAAAAUUAAGAGGAACAAUUCAGAGUCCUAAUUUUUUAUAUAGCAGGAAAGAUUUGGAGGAGCGUAGUUAAACGUAACUUGAAUUUCAAUAGUUUAAAUUACUAUUCUGCUACAGCAAAUUAAUAUCUGAGAUGGAUUAAAUGCUUGUGGGGGAAAAACAUUUCUCUUUGAAAAUGUAACCUAAAUAUGUUGAACCUGGGAUAGUGGACUGUUCACUACAGUGCAAUUCUGCACCCAGACAGCUGAAGUGAAACCUAGUGAACAUACUAGAACUGAUUUCUGAACAACUGUACACUGUUUACUUGCAACAAACAUGUCACUGCACAUUGCACAAAAGGUUGUUAGAACAUUUGAAGGGAAGAAGUGGGUUAGAGAUUAAAAAAAUAUAUGACUCAUAGGUAGGAGAAACAGGUGCACAAAGUAAUCAAUACCAAAACCCAAGCUUGCUACUCCAUAGUAGGCAUCUAAUAUGUUUUGUUCAAGUGCCAACAUUUCAGUGAUGUCUGCUGAAGGAAGAACUAUCCUCUCAUGAUCCUUUCAUGAUGAUUUACCAUUCUAGUAAAUGCACCAACUGUGACAUUGUCAGACGAAGGCUUGUUUGAGAUUCAAGGAGAUCAAGGUACACAAAAUGGUGUAUAGACAAAGAACACUCAAAAAGUUAUUAACAGGGUUCCUUUCUGAUCACGUCAUUUAGAUACAGAGCCAACCACAAUUUUAGAUCAACCCUACACUCACGGCAGUGAUUUGUGUUAUCAUGCUGAGUCCCAUUAUAAUAGGGAAGAAUAGUAAUCUAUUUCAGUUCUCAACAAACACUUUAUAUAAAGUAGUACCGGUAUGUAUUAUUAUUUAAGCCAGUUCCUAUCCAUUCAAUACAUGUUCCUGAUGAAAUUGAUGCCAAUCUCUUUUUACUGGAAAAAAAUGCUAAUUUUAAUUUCAUUGUUUAAAAUGGGGCAAAAUGAUCAUCUUCUAAACACAUAUUUUUAAGAACGUGUGCUGCACCAAAAUAAAUAAAUCAAAAUAAAAAAGGCAGUUGGUUGCUCUAGUGCAGGGGUCUCCAACCUUGGCAACUUUAAGACUUGUGGACUUUAACACCCAGAGUUCCUCAGCCAGUAAAGCUGCCAAGUUGCCAAGGUUGGAGACCCCUGCUCUAGUGCUUACUUAGAACAAGGUGAGCAAAAGAAGACUGAGAGAAUGAAGAGGAAGUUAUAGUCACUUGGUUGUCAAGAGCAGAUGAAAUACUUGCUCUUGAAAUACUUGCUGUUGGAAUGAAGUUGUGGAAUGCUGCUUAGCAGGGUGUGGUUAGCUCACACAUCAUGAUGAUAUGAUGAAGAAACCUCUUAGGGUUUCCUUCAUAUCAGCUCCCAACUACCUCUCCAGAUGCUUUUUGAACUGUAAAAUGGAAUGCACUGUGUGUAUCCCAUCAAAUCCUAAAGCUUUAUCAUGUUUUGGAGAUCUAUCCAAAGAUCCUCCUGGUUUCCCCAUCCACCAGGAAAUGGUAGCAUUUAUUAGAUUUCUGACAGCUGAAUUAGCAGUAUUGAAAUACCUGAAUUAUUCCUGUAUAAUUAGCUUUUAAUGGCAAACAGCAUUCUAUGCCCACACAAUACAUUAAAUAGACCCAUUCACUAGUUUUAAAUAGAGAUACAAAACUCCCCUUUCUAAACCAAUUGUGCAGUUUUUAUAAUAAAACUCAAGAUUUAACUUGAAAGUCCAGAAUGUUUGACUCUUAGUGGAAUGCAUGUAUAAUUAUGUACGUAAUUAAGAUAAUGCUUUCAAUAGGGACACCAUCUCAUUUAUACUUGUCAUCAAAUUGCUUUAUUACAGUCUCCAGAGAGUGAGCUCUGGAAGCUACUCUUCAAGAAAAGAUAGGGGGCAAAUAUCUGUAUUACAGAAUUUUGAGUACUUAUUUCAAAUUAUAAUUUCUCAGAGCCAUUGUAGGAGAAGAGCCAUGAGAAUUAAUUCAGAAUAAAAUUCCUUUAAGUUUGUAACAGAGAGAUUAUUGGAGAAGACACUAGCCAGCUGAUGUAACAUCACACAUCAUCUCCCUUGAUAAAAUAUGCUUAAGGUUGAAGCAUAUUGACAAUAAAUUAAAUAUUUAAAAGAAUCAAAGAAGCUAAUUUCGUAAGUUAUGCAAAUCUUUGAGACUGAAUAUUAUACAUACUGAAUAUAUCUGAAUAUAUAUAGUUUGAAAGAAAAAAAUGAGAAUAAGAGAACAUUAGUUUUCUGAACACUAACAUGGCCAGCUCACUAUUAUUAUUAUAAAAAUAAUAUAAGCUUGGGUAAUUAUUUUAUUUUUUUUAUUUUUUUUUAUAAAAAGUUUUAUUUUAGCAUUCAUAUCCAAUAACAUAUUUAAUGUACCAUCAUAUACAAUUAAUCAGACCUGCCCGGUCACCACCCCCUUCCUACUCUCUUCCCUUCUCUACCUUCUUCUACUUUCCACGACCAUCCUCCCCUUCUCUUAUCUACCUCCUCUCCUCCUUCCUCCCUACUCCUUUCUUCUCCCUCUUCUAUCCCUCUUCCUUCCUUUCCUCUUCCUCCUCUUCUCUUUCCUACCUCCUUCUCUCUUCUACUUCCUUCCUUCCCAUCAUUCUGAAAUGAUAGCCAGGCAGCUCCGAUCUUACAUUGAUUAUACAUCUUCAAUCAUCUCGUACAUUAACCAUCAAUCCAUUUUCUACCUCAUCCUCCCUC